UUAUCCAGAAGAAUAAGGUUUAUAAAAUUGAUCAAGAAGUACUCUCCAUGAUUCUGAUCCAGAGUAUGUUCCUAUCCAUCGAGAAGUUUAUACUCUUUAAAGUUCAUUAAAGUUGAGGAUUUUUGAUUUGGCUACAACUAAGAAUUGUGGAUAUGGAAACUUUAUGUCCUACUUCUUUUGUACCAAAUUUAAACUGGAUGAUGCAACAGAGCAAGAGUACUACAGAAUGGACUAAAGAAGAGAACAAGAGAUUUGAAAGUGCUCUUGCAAUAUACGACGAGACGACUCCAAAUCGAUGGUAUAAAGUAGCAGAAAUUAUCCCAGGGAAAUCAGUUCUUGAUGUGAUGAUGCAGUACAAAGAAUUAGUUGCAGAUAUUAGUGACAUAGAAGCUGGAUUGGUCCCAAAUACGAGGGGUUUCGCGUCUUCUUUUGCAUUGGAAUUUGUUGAUCAUCGCAAGAUUCAAACGUUUAGUAAGAGAGGCAAGUCUUAUGAUCACGAAAGAAAGAAAGGCGUACCAUGGACAGAGGAAGAACACAGGCGAUUUCUAAUGGGACUAGAGAAGUAUGGUAAAGGAGACUGGAGAAACAUAUCGAGGAAUUUCGUGAUCUCUAAAACUCCAACACAAGUGGCUAGUCAUGCUCAGAAGUACUACUUAAGACAACUUUCAGGGGAGAAAGACAGGAAGAGACCUAGCAUCCACGACAUCACCACCGUCCAUCUCACAAACGAAGAGUUUCUCAACAACAACAAUAACAAAAAAUCGAUGCGUGAAGAGAGGUCGUAUAUGUCCCCAUUGCAGAGGUCAACAAGCACAACAGACGUACUAAUCGGCUGCUGGAACAACUCAAUUGAUGGAGACCUGAUGGCAUUUGCUCAAUAUGUAUGACAACUCGACUCUAUAGAACCAGAACAAUAAACUGAUUGAUUGUGGUCAAGUCAGAGCCCUCUAUCGUCCGUUGGAGGAUGUUGAACUAAUGUUGUUAUUCGCAGCUUCAUCUUUGAUCAAAUGAGAUUUGAUAAAAAAAAAUAUCAAUGUUGGAUUUUGUUUUCAAUCUUGGUGUAUUAAUGUAAAUCAAGGUUUAAUUAGUUUGGUAUAUGCCUAGUUUCUUUGUUUUGCUUUCGUACCUUA